AUGGAUGAACUAAACUGUAGCAUUGUGGUUAUGACUGGGUCGCAGGCAAAAAUCCUCAGGCUUAACUUAGGGUGCUCCGAUGAACUCCAAACUCCCUUUUUCUCGGCUACUGCUUCACCAGGUAUAGAAAUUGCAAAAGUAAAAGGCAGAAGAUUGAAGCAUUCUACCCCAGUGGGUAGCCCUGAAGAAGCAGGUACUUCUGUUACAAGAAACAUAGGAGUAAAUUUUGGGUCAAGUUCAGACUCGACGACGUCUCCUUUCCUAGUCUAUGAACAAAAUCCUCUGUACGAGAGUCAGGGCGGCCCAGAGCAAAACAUACGCAAAGCAAUCAACGAACCAAAAGAUUUCAAUUUCCAGCCACCAUCAUGCUUUGAUCUUGAAAGAGAUCGCCCUCCCCCUUCGUGGCCACGUCCAGCACCAUCUGUGGCUAGUGAUAACAAGACUGUAUUUUGGAUUCCGCAAAACCACAUUGUAGACAACAAGUUUCAGAAAGCUAAAAAUAAUAUCCGAAGAACUAAAUCUCCAACUUCGAAAACUUUACUUGAGAAUUUUAUACGUUGUGAUCAAGAGAUGAGAGCAAAUGAACUUGGGUUUGGCCAAGGGCAAAGUAGAAGUUAUGUCCCCGACUCGGACAAUAACGAUAAUUCCAUUCCUUUGGGCAGAACUACGUCAAUACCUCCUCCUUUAUGCUCACAGUGUCAGAAUAAAGCACCAGUAUUUGGAAAGCCUCCAAAACGGUUUUCUUAUGAAGAGCUAGAGGAAGCUACUGAUAUAUUCUCAGAUGAGAACUUUUUGGCUGAAGGUGGAUUUGGUGUGGUUCACAAGGGAAUACUGAAAGAUGGCCAGGUUGUUGCGGUGAAACAGUUGAAGUUUGGGGGUUCUCAAGUAGAUCUUGAUUUCUGCCGGGAAGUUCGGGUUUUGAGCUGUGCACAACACAGAAACGUUGUACUGUUAAUAGGAUUUUGUACAGAGAGCAAUUUCAGGAUAUUAGUUUACGAGUACAUAUGCAACGGAUCCUUAGACCUCUACUUAUAUGGAGAUGAGAAUAUGCCUUUCGAUUGGAUCUCACGCUUAAAGAUUGCAAUUGGAACUGCACGGGGCUUGCGCUACCUUCAUGAAGAUUGUAGAGUUGGUUGUAUAGUGCACAGAGACCUUCGACCCAAAAAUAUCCUCUUAACCCAUGACUUUGAUCCUCUGGUGGCAGAUUUUGGGCUUGCUAGAUGGCACUCAGAAUGUAAUAUAGAUACAGAAGAUCGGGUUAUAGAAACUUCAGGGUAUCUUGCACCGGAGUAUCUUGACUCUGGAAACCUUACAUAUAAAGUAGAUGUAUAUGCAUUUGGAAUUGUAUUAUUAGAGUUAAUAACUGGUAGAAGAAUUAGCGAGUUGGAACAGUUCAAUGGAAUGUCGUAUCUUUCCCAAUGGUUUCACCCUUUACGCAUGUUAGAGCCCAGUCAUAUUUUACAAAAUGUUCGAUCUCUCAAACCAUGCUUCAACUCUGAGGAAUCAUUGGAAUUUAAUCUUCAAUUACAAGCCAUGGCACGAGCUGCUUCGUUGUGUCUUCGUGUGGAUCCUGAUGCCAGACCCCCAAUGUCAAAGAUCCUGAGAGUUCUGGAAGGGGGUGAUCCAGUUCGUCCUAUUGGUUUAGACAUCAAUUCAGUUGGUAACACAAGUGGCCAUUUAAGUGGCUUGAAGUCGCUCACUCCACCAAAAGGUACCAUAAGUCAUUCUCGUAGACUAUCACAUUGA